UUUAGGGAUGACACUCUGGGGACCACGCAGCAUCGGCGGGCACUAAGGGAAACUGAGGCACUGCCUUGCUCUGGCAGGAGGAGCUGGGCAGCGAGCGGGCAGGGGGCUGCCCGGCGUUUGUGACUCUCUUUUCCCUGCGCCAGGAGCCGUGCUGUCCCACCGCCUGCCCGGUGCCAGCCUGCCCAUCACCAUGGCUGGCCGGCGGCAGGGUGCCCCGGGAGGGCGGCGGGGACAGAAGAGGGGCCCGGGCUGAGGGCAGGAGCCCCCCGCUGCUCCCAGGGUCCGGCCAGCCUGGGACGGCGCUGAGCACCACAUGAGCGGCAGAACAGCAUGGCCAGCAACUCAAGGAUGGGGGACACCCCACUGAGGUGGAGGAGAGCCGAGGACACAGCGCAGGACACCCGGGAGAGCAGCGAGGUGAUCCUGCCCCGGAGUGCUGCCGCCGAGCUGGGACUCCCGGGCUACCAGGAGCCCGGCAAGCUGAGCUGCGGCACGGAGAAGGGGUGUCCCUGGAGGGGCUCUGAUGGAUGCUUGGGGCCAGGCCGGGAGCUCGCCAGCGGCCGGUUGGGCUGCUCCUACCCACCGGCCCCGCCGUGCCUGCGGGACGCCCUGUGCCGCCCCAAGGAUGGAGCCGAGCUCCCCUCGCUGCUGCCGCCCAGGAACGGGCAGCCCAAGGCGGGCUGGGCUGAGCCCUGCAAGGAGCGCCCGGGGCCAUGGUGGGCUGAGGCUGUGCUGGCCCCCCUGGCCCUCUACAGCCACGCGUACCACCGCUACCCCCUGCCCUUCCCGGGGCUGGAUAGCCAGCGCCCCGGCACCACCGGCAAGCCCCGCGCCGCUGCAGGGGAUGGGGCCGGAGACCCACCAGCUUUCUGCCACUGCCCCUUCCUCGUAGAGGCCAAGCACAGCCCCUUCCUCCUGUCCUCGCUGCUGCCCACCGGACCCCUGGCUGACCCCCCGUUUGGCGGCGGACCGGAGGGACCGGGGAUGAUGGGCGACGGGCGCUUUGCCGGCGCAGACUGGCGCCUGGGCUCCUACUCGCCUGCCUGGGGCCAGCCCCUCUACCUGGGGUUCCCACCGAGGUGCAAGGCGGCUCUGGCCCCCUUCAAUGACUGCUCCAGCUCAGGGAACAAGGAAUUUUACCCGAAGAAAGAGCCCGGCUUCCACCCCCCGGCCAAGGACCAUGCGCCAUCGCAGCUGCUGGGCAAGGGCCAGGCAGGGCAGGACGGAGAUGGGGAGGGGGAGCCAGCGGUGCCGGCGCUGCCGGGAGCCCCGUGGAGGGAUGGCCGAGCGGGGGGCAGCUCGGCGGUGCCUGCUCCCCAUGCCCGCACGCCUCCCCCCAGCUCCAGCCACUCCAUCUUCCUCCUGCAGCCCGGUGCAGCGGGGGGCUGCGGGGACCCCUGGGCGGGCGUGCAGCCCCACUCUGCCGAUUUCCCCCCGGAACUGGGGCCAGGCCGGCCCUCCGAGCCCAAAGAUGAGCGCCUGGCAUACCAAAGCCUCCAGCCCGGCUCACCGCCGGGACCGGGGGAGCCCAACCCAUCGCCUCUGCUCACAGACGGGCACUACCCGCCGGUCCUUGCCAAGCCGGAGCUGCCGUCGGCUUGCCUCUGCACCGCGCCGAGCUGCGAUGGGUGCCCGGGGGUGGGCUGCGGGAUGCUUGGCCCCUUCGAGCCCACCCUGGGCAUCCCUGGGAGCCGUUUCCCGUGCCCACCCAGCAACCACACCAAGCUGAAGAAGACCUGGCUGACGCGGCACUCGGAGCAGUCGCUGCCGCGUUGCAAGGUGCCCCGGCGGGACGGUGGCCCCGAGUCAGCCGGUGAGGGCAAGCGCUCGGGCAAGCGCCUGCAUGGCAUCGCCAACGGACCCCAGGGUGCCGGGCUGGCCAAGCAGGGCGCGAAGGCCACCGAGCGCAUGACUGUGGCGUGCCCUGGUGAUGGCACGGAGAGCGGAGGGGACCCGGAGAGGAGGAUGGAGCUGGGAGAGGGAGACCUGCCAAGCCGUGCCAGCCCAGUACCGCGGGAGCCAUGGUGCCUGCAGAGCGUGCCCUGCGCUGCCCUGCCCGAGAGCAUCCCGCGGUGCUGUACCUGUGCUGCCCGGGCCGUGGGGGACUCCAAAGACGAGGAGGAGGAGGAUGAGGAUCCCCCUGAGAGCACUUGCAGGCUGCUGCACUUCCGCAGGUUUGCCUUCGGGGACGGCAGGGAGCUGAGCGUCGACGGCUUCUGCACCCUGGGGGAGGCGGAGGGGGAGAUGCUGCGGCUGGAGGCAGCCGGCCCCGAGCGGGGGAGCAGGAGCGCGGGCAGCAGCCUCUGCCUGGCGAAGCACCUGCUGGGGGUCCUGGGGGACCCCUUCUGCGAGGCCGUCUGCAGGGACAGGGACACGUGGCGGGGAGCCCCCGGUGGGCCCGAGGGGGUGACGGCCUGGAGGCGGGGGGAAGGAGCCCCCCAGCUCUGCGACGCCUGCCAGCGUGGCUUCUUCAACUCCCACUGGAGCUGCGCCAGAUGUGGCUUCCAGCUGUGCCCCGACUGCCACCGCAGCAGACGGGAGGCUGAUGGCCAUGAGGGUCCGGCACGGCUGCCCGAGUGCAUCCCUGGCCGAGACCACCACGUCACGUCCCUCGUCCCCACGCAGUUUGUCCCCACCUGUGUCCUGACCCGGCUCUGGAAGCUGCUGCACGAGGUCAGGGCCAAGUUCGGCAUCAAGUCGCACUGUCCCUGCGGGGAGGGGGCUGUGGAGCAGAGCCCAGCGGAGCCCCCGGGAAGCAGGCAGGAGCCGCCGGGGGCCGUGGUGCCCACCCUGGUGCCCACCCUGCCGCCCAGCAGCGAUGGCCAAGCCGACACCUCCCGGCCCAUCAAGGAAGGGAGCCCCGAGGGGGGGCCACCAUCGCUGGGGCAGCCGCCCCCCCGGGGGACCGUGCAGACCGCCACCCUCUGCGACCUCCUCGCCUCCACCGCCGUCAAGCUGUGCCUGGGGCAGGACGGGGUGCGCAUGGCCUUCGCCCCCGUCUCGCCCGCCUUGCCCACCGACAACCGCCUGACCAGCAUCCUGGACAGCAUCAUCGCCCGCGUGGUGGAGAGGAAGAUCCAGGAGAGGCAGGCGGGGGGCGAGCUGAGCCCCCCCAGUUCCCCCCGGCCCCCUGACCCCCCCACCUCCCACUGCAUCCUGGCAUCCAGCGGGCUGCUCUGGCUGCACGACCCUGGCCACGCCAGCAACUACAAGCUCUUCCAGGAGCACUGGCAGCGGGGCCAGCCCGUCCUUGUUUCAGGGCUGCAGAAGAGGCUGGAGGGGCAGCUGUGGGGACCGGAGUCCUUCCGCCCGGCGGGGGGGGAGCAGGCGGUGGAGGUGGUGAACCUGCGGGCACCGACGAGCCGCGUCAGGAUGAGCAGCCAGGAGUUUUGGGACGGCUUCGCUGCCAGCGCGGCAUCCCCGGAGCGGGGCGGUGGGGACCUGCUGAAGCUGGAGAGUGGCUUUGGGGACAUGGAGCUGUGCCGGGCCGCCAACCUGAGCGCCAGCCUGCCGCUGCCGGAGUACUGCGGGUCCGCCGGCCGCCUCAACCUGGCUGCCUACCUGCGGGGCCAGCGGGGCCGGCGCUGGCUGCGCCCGCGCGUCUGCGUGGCUUAUGGGGUGCAUCCCCAGGACCGGACCAUUGGGACCAAAAACCUGACGGUGGAGGCAGCCGACUCCAUCAGCGUCCUGGUGCACGCCGCGGCGUGGCUGCCGGAGCGGCUGGCGGCACGGCAGGACCUGCUCCUGCAAGCCGAUGCCGAUGGCAUGGAUGCGCCGCUGAAGGAGCGGCUCUGGGAUGCCGGCAGCUGGCCCGGCGCCCUGUGGCACAUCUUCCGCGCCGAGGAUGCUGGCCGCAUCCGGGACUUCUUGCAGAAGGCGUGCGAGGACCAAGGGCAGGAGGGGGCGGCUGCGGCGGACUCCCCCGGCCGCUACCUGGACCUCUCGCUGCGGAGGCGGCUGCGGGAGGAGUGUGGGGUGAGCGGCUGGACCCUCCUCCAGUUCCUGGGGGACGCGGUGCUGGUCCCUGCCGGGGCUCCCUACCAGGUGCAGACCCUCACCGGUACCAUCAGCGUGGAGCAGCGGUUCCUCUCGCCGGAGAAUGCCGCCCGUCUCUGGGACCACAGCACCCAUCCUGCUGGGGCUGCACGCCAGCUCCGCGCCCAGCUGGACGGCAUGAUCUUCUCCGCUGUGCGGGAGGCCGUGGGAGUCCUGCGGGGAUGCAAGUGAGGCGGCCGCGGCACGCGGGGAGGAUGCUCGAACAAAGCCAGCGCUGCUGGCCACGGCCACGGCCGAGACGCCGCAGGGAGCCGGGGCUGGGCACCUCUCGCUUGAUGCUUUGCUCCACGAUCACCCGGGGAGGCUCGGGGCUGGAGCGGGGCAGCGGGGGAAUAAAGUGUCUGCAGCGUGCCGGGGCCGCCGGC